AUUCCCGUCACGUGACACCAAGCACUUCCUGUUUCUUCUGCAACAACACACCAUCACGGCUAAUGUUUGCGAGUCUUCUCGCCACAGUAAUGUAACGUCCAAACGGCGACUGUCAAGUUGUAAUUUGAGCAGCAAUUUCCCGCCGUACAUAACUUCAUCACCCGCCAUGUCAACGCCACAGGGGCCCUGCUUGGCUCACGGUGCCACUUUCCAGCGCAAGCUCGCCUCCAUCAUGGACACGCUAGCCCAAGCCGCCGUGUUGGAGAUCGCCAAACUGUGGGAGGACGCCUUCGCGCUGGUCACCGCCGAGCUGCGCCGGAGGGACCGGGAGGUGGAGGCCUUGGAGAAGAAGUUGCUGGAGAAGCAGCGACAAACUACGAAUGUGUCUCCCUCCAAGAAGGAGAAGCAGCCCAAGAGGCCGCCGCCUCCUCCCCUCAGAGACAGCGAUGGUCCAGUUUCGGAACCAGUCUGUCCGUCUUUAGAGCAGAACGCCAAAGAAAAGAUGGACCCCUCCACCAAUCACGGAGCAGAAGCUCAGUCAGAGGGGAACCCCAAAUCUCAGACCUGCGCCAGAACCGAUGAAGACCUCCCCGUCAAGCUGGAGGAUGAGGACGACGUCAUGAUCGUAGAGCAGCUAAAAGACUACGGGCGUAAUGGCAAUCAACGCGCCGUAGAAGAAAAGGAGAACCACCGCUGGUCCUCGGUUUCCAUGGGAGACAGCGACACCACAGAGGAGUCGGACUACUUUACGGCACCAAAGUCCCAGAAUCUGGACUCGGAAAUCCUGUUCAUCGAGAACGCCUUAGACCUCCUUGAUGGUUCUGCAGAAGCCGCCUUCUCGGAAAGUUUGCUCAUGGGCGCCAGGCACGCCAUGUCCAGUCAGGCCACAGGUGGCGCCACUUUUAGACCCGCACACCCCGGUCAGGACGAGGACAGACCAGAGGCCAUCAGAACAUUUAACCCACACGACAGAAUCUUCAUCUUCAGCGACUCCCGGCCUCCCAAAGACGCCGCGGGCGGCCGCGUCAAGGAGAAGUGGUUCAUCUGCCAGUUCUGUGGCAAAAGCUUCGACCGGGUCAGCCACCUGCAGAUCCACCAGCGCAUUCACACGGGGGAGAAGCCGUACACGUGUGACACCUGCGGAAAGUGUUUCUCCCAGAGGAGCAACCUGCGCACGCACCAGCGCACGCACCAGGAGAGGUUGACCCAAAGUUCUGGUUUGACUCUCUGACCUUUGCAGUGGAGGUUCACUUUAAACUCAUUACUAUUAAUGCAACUUUGGCAAAAGUUUUAGUAAUUUAGGGGAGAACAGCACAGUGGCAGAGUGGUUGGCACUGAUACUUCACUGCCACAAGUUUUUGGGUUCAAAUCUCAACUUUAUUCUCUGGCCUUCUGCCUCUGUUACAUUGCUAACAAUCUCCACUGUGUAACCAUGACAACAAAUGACUGAAAUAUUCACCCAUUUCCUUAAAGCUCCAUACAGACAUGUAAUCCAAGCCUCCUUGUCCUUCAUAACAACAACUUUGUUCAUGCCUUGCUUUGAAGAAUAAAUAGACAAACCCUUGGUUACAGCAGGCGUCACAAAAUCAUUACCAGUAUAAAAGCAUUGUAAAUAAAACAGAAGGUAGAAAAGUGUCCUCCACAUAAUACCAACCUAGCUUGACUUCAGAGUUCAAAAGAACAUUUUGUGUAAACGGGCAUAGUUGAAUCUGUAAACUAAACGCAGAAGCAUGGAAUUGGAUAUCAUUAGAUGGCGUAUCUAAUGUAAAAAUAACAAACCCAUAAUUUUCACAGUAAUACUUUUGUGCAUGUAUGUAUUUUUUUUCUUCUAGUAUCAGUGUUUCCCAUACAGUCUUUUGUGGCAGUGUGCCAUAUACAAAUUUGUCCGCCGUUGCUCAUAAACACACUAUAAGGGGACUGCCUGUGAGUGUAGCUGCAGUAGAUGGCAUCAUAAACCCAGCAGAUCCGCCAGAGAAUUGAAGGACGUAGCAGGAGGGAUCAGCGUUGGUUUCUAUAUUAACCAGUAUUCACAUGCCUCGUGGUUAGUUUUUCCUAAAUAAUAAAAAAAUAGUGACAUUUUUUUUAUCUUAUUGGACACUUUGCAACUAACACAAAAGCACAAACUGCUCAUCUAAAAGCCUUCAGAGUGCAUAAAAAAAAUGUGAUGGAAGCAAGUUCAUCUGAAUUUAUAACUUAUUUUGUUCUUUUAUUUCCCAUAAAAAUAAUAU